AUGGGUCUAUUGAGUUCUAAAAGCUCCAGAGUCAAGCAAGUUCAGAUUCUUCUCCUGGGACUUGAUUCAGCGGGGAAGUCUACUCUGCUUUAUAAAUUAAAGCUUGCUCAGGGCAUUGCAACACUCCCAACAAUAGGCUUCAAUGUGGAGAUGAUCGAGCUGGAGAAGAAUCUUUUGCUCACUGUCUGGGACAUUGGUGGACAGGAAACAAUGAGAACCGUUUGGGAUCAUUACUGUGAGGACACUGAUGGGCUCGUGUAUGUCGUGGAUAGCACAGACAAACAGCGACUGGAAGACUCCAGGAAAGAGUUUGAACACAUUUUGAAGAAUGAACACAUUAAAAACGUGCCUGUUGUCCUAUUAGCCAACAAACAAGACGUACCUGGAGCUCUGACCGCCGAGGACAUCACUAGAAUAUUCAAAGUGAAGAAGCUCUGCAGUGACCGGAACUGGUAUGUGCAACCCUGCUGUGCCAUCACGGGGGAAGGGCUGGUGGAGGGCUUCAAGAAGUUAACUGCAUUUGUGAAAAGCCACACGAAAUCAAGAGGAGAAUUCUUCAAGCAGAACUGA